UUUGCGUUGGAGGAUGAAGGCAAAGGAAGAGCUGGAACAAACAAACGGAAGAGAGCUUAUGAAGUAAAGGUUCCAGCGUUUUUCAAAGACAAUAUGCCAACAGCAAAUGAAAAGUGUUAUCUUUACAAGAUCCAUUUCAAUGAUCCAAUGAUACAUCGCCAUUCCCGGUCACGUGCUAUGAAGUGCGUUUCUGAGCCCGAGAUCGAGUUAGGAAUUCUCUCAAAGAAACCACUUCCAAAGUUUCCACCAUUUAAAACGUACACGUCAGAGAGUGACGUCGAAACAAUGUUUGUAUCACGUGGUCCAAUCGUUAUAGACUUGACAUUGUUGCAGAACAUUCGUCAUUUCCAUCAAUAUAUCUUCAAGCAACUCAAUAAUCUUGACGAUGAAUGUACGCGAUUAUCAGAGAAGGACGGUUAUCUUGUUGCACCAUUAGUUCCAAACAAACAAGGUGAAAUAAAAAUACAUCAUUCCUAUCUUCAAGAUUUUUUACGGCUCUUUCAAAACUCCUCGACUCUGCCAUCCUGCAUCCCAUGCAAAGACUACGAUUACUUUAGCAAUAGAAUCAUACGAAAAUCAAAUGAAUCUGCAAAUCAGACAAAUCGCAUGAGAUAUUACGUCGUUGAAGUGUGUCAUUUUAUGUCACCGUUGACUCCGUUCCCAGAUCUCAAUGUUGCUGCCACUUUUUCCGAGUACUACGAGACGCGCUACAAUAUAAAGUUGAAUAAUGAUCAGCCAUUGUUGUUGGUCAAACAUCUCCCUACUCAAGUGAAUUUCUUCACACCAAAAACAAGACUUGAGGUUGCUCAUGAAAAUAUAUUUGAUUCUAAAUCUAACUUCGAAAUACACCUUGUACCUGAACUGUGUUCUCUGUUGCCGCUGACUGUCUCUUCGUGGGCUCUAUUGCGGUAUCUUCCUACCGUCGCGUACCGUCUGGAAACAAUUCUGCGUGCGCACGAAAUGCGACUGAAAAUUUUCAUGGACGCUGGAUUAACGGCGACGGCCCGAAAAAUAAAGAACAAAAAUACAGUUGUAAAGUCUGGUCAGGAAGUUAUUAUUAAUGAGGAAAAUGGAGAAAAUGACCGCUUCAUUGAUGAAAAUGAUUUUGAAGAUAGUCUUGUUUUGAUUCUCAAAGCAUUAACAGCAAAAUCUGUUGGUCAGCAGUUUCAUUCAGAACUCCUUGAAGUACUUGGUGAUUCGUUUCUUAAAUUCGAAGUGAGUUUGGAGUUGUUUUUGCGUUUACCACAUAAAGACGAAGGAAUCCUCACAACUAUUCGUAAGCAUCUUGUAUCUAAUGAUAUGUUAUCAACACAGGGAAGACGUUUAGGUAUACCAGCAUACAUUUCGAUUACGUGUCCGGAUUUAACAAACUGUUUACUUCCUCCUGGAUUUGUGCUGACACAAACAUCUAGCAAGCAGUACUCGUUAAACCUUUACUCUCAUCAAAUCCUUGGAGAUAAAAACGUAGCGAACACAGUUGAGGCUCUAAUUUCUGCGAUAUUACUGUCCAGCGGUCGAGAAGCCGCGAGAAAAUUUCUUAUAUGGUUACAUGUCUGCGAUCUUACUGCAGAAAAACUUCAUGAAUGUUAUAGAAAUUUGAAUUAUCAUGCGAUGAGUGAUUAUGAUGAAAACACUGGGGAAUUUGAUGACGUAACACAAAGUUUUAGAUCGUGUUGUAACCUUAUAUCAACUGAGCAGACCAAUUUCAAGCCAUUGAAUAACGUCAUUUCUAAUAAUGUUAUUCCCAAUUUGGAACAUAUUGAGAAAACACUUGGAUAUUGUUUUAAAAACAAACUUUUACUAUUACACGCUGUUACUCACGAUUCCUUACCGCGAGUUUUUGCUUUCGUUCACGAAAGUUAUGAACGAAUGGAGUAUUUAGGUGACGCAAUAUUGGACUUUGUAGUAACGCGUUAUAUAUGUGACAAUUUUGCACAUCUUGAUCAUGGAGAUUUAACGGAUUUGCGUUCAGCUCUUGUCAAUAAUUUCACCCUCGCCUAUCUUGCUGUUCAGGUGAAUUUACAUCAAUCCCUGAGACACAUGUCUCCAGUUGUAUUUCAACUUAUAUAUAAGUUUGUUGAGUUCCUAUUGAAUGAAAAGGAGAGACGAGGUUAUUCUUGGCAGACAUCCGUGGAUUCGUUCGUUGUGGGUCCAAAUGACUUUGAAGAAAAUCUCGUUGAAGUUCCCAAAAUACUGGGAGAUGUAUUCGAGGCACUCAUUUGCGCCGUCUUUCUUGAUUCCAACAUGAAUAUUGAUUUUGUUUGGGAUAUUUUUCGACCAAUGUUUAUGCCUUUCAUCGAUUAUUACAAAGAUAACAUUCCCCGCUCUCCCGUGAGAAUUUUAAAAGAAACGUUUCCUGGCAAAGAUAAGCUGUCUUUCAGCGUUGCGCGUCUAACAUUAUCGAAGACAUACAAAUGUCGCGUACAUUGUUCUGGAUAUGGAGAGUUUGAAGCGGUUGGUCGUACACCGAAGAUUGCAAAAGCAGCUGUUGCACGCAAGGUUUUACUGCAUAUCCGUAACAUGAGUAAAGAGACGUUUGUUGAUAAAAAAAAGAGAAAAAGUUAACGGAGUGGAUGUAAAACAUUCAUGAUUUAAUUGUAUGAGACACAACGGGGUCCUUUAGCAAGGUUAUUCUAAAGCCUGAAGUGGUUCUCAUAUAGCAGUCGGAGUCCUUUUGAGGCAUCACAAUUGAAUCUUUUCAUUCACCUGGAUAUAGCUGUCCUGUUGACUUACGUUCAAGAGACGAGUGAAACGACGCAGACGAAUAUACAAGAACCAAACUCAAAGAAACAAAACUACAAGAAAUGAGGCUUUUAUCGGGUAUGUUUUUAAGUUAGCAAUAUAAAGAGUAGAGGAAGUUUUUAUUUACUCAUAUAUUUAAUGUUUUUUCUAUUGAUUAUCUCAGUAUUUAUUGAAGAGAAUGAUUUGAACACUUCGGUAUCGUUAAAUGUUUGUAGAUGUUGGUCGUUAGUUUAGUAGAGUCCAGAGAAGGACUGUUGGAGUUGAUGUUGACUAAUAUUUCGACAGCCUUAGCUGUAGAUGCCUUCAUAUUUGUGAAAAGUACCUUUUACGUUGUCAAAAAGGUCAGUCAACGCCAACCCCAACAGUCCUUCUCAGGACUCUACUGACUUGGAUGAUCAACAUCCACAAACAUUGAUCAUAUUUAUUGUUGAAGUCUAUAAACAUAUGCAUUUUGUUUUGCACAGUAUAUUUUCAUUACAAUCAUCCUAUUACACAUAACAUUGUGCUUAACUCAUAGGUUUGUUUAACUCCUAGCAGUAUUUUGUAUAUAAUUUGGCCAUUUAAGAAAGUUUUUUUUAUGGAGAAUCAUAAUUUGUUACGUUACUAAUGAAGAUGAAUUAGAUUUUUAGAUGAAGAUGAUGACUCCUAAAUUGAGGACACAAUUUAAACAAACUUUAUUUUAUCAAUAAACUUUAUAAUAAAUACAAA